GUUUUUAUAAUUUAAGCGUUUUAUAGAUACAGAACAAGUUUUUGAUAAUAUUUUCGAUUUAAUCGCAUGAAUCAAGAAUAAAAUGUCAGAAGACAGUGAUCUUGAUGAAAAUGACCAGAAUGUCGGUUUUCUGUUUAAAGCAAUGCGCAACAGGGACCCAAGGAAGCGGAAAGUGAAGCCAGUAUCACGUCAUCUGAUGCAGGUGAACUUUGGCGGAGAUGACAGUGAUAAUGACAGUGACUACCAGGUGAAAAUGUCAGAUAUGAGUGAAGAUGAGGGCGCUGCUGAUAAUGAACCUGAAGAAGAUAUGGAGGAUUGUGAAGAAGAAAGUGAACAGUCGAAGAGCAAUUCAGAUAAAAAUGAAGAUGACGAGGACAGUGAGGGGUCUAAAGGCAAGGAAAAUUCAGAUGAUAAUGAUGACGACAGUGAUGAUGAUGAUGAUGAUGAUGACAGCGAUGGUGAUGACAGUGAUGAUGAAGCUAGCGAUGAGGGUGUGGGCAAUCCAAAAAGAAAUUAUUUUGAAAACAUAAACAGUGAUGAUGAUGAUGAGGACUAUGUUCCACGCAAGAAGCAGAAGACAAAUGGGAAGAGAAUCAAGAAGCCCACGGAGAAACAGAGAAUCAGGUCGUCUGAGGUUUCCCAGGACUUAGAGGAGCCAAGCCCAGAGGAUUCAUCCAGUUCGAGGCCGGUUAAAGUCAUUGUGUGCUGUGUGUGUCUAGGUGAUAUCAGUGAGUCAGAUGAUGAGAUAGUUGAGUGUGACAACUGUGGAGUUGCCGUGCACGAGGGUUGCUAUGGUAUCAGUGACAACCAAUCAGCAGCUAGUUCUGAGUCGUCUGCAAGCACAGAGCCAUGGUUCUGUGACGCCUGCAAAGCUGGGGUCAAACCGCGGGAGAGGACAUAGCAGGAGUCCAUGAUGUGCCAUCCACCUACGCAGAGAUGAAAGAGAAUGUGGAACGUAUCCUGCAUUUUAUGGCAGCUAAGAAAAUUAGGAUGCAUCACAUUAUGGCUAAGGACGUCAUUACAACAAUGAGAGCAGUUCAGACCAGUACAGUGAUUCGGACACAAGUUUCCAUGCAGACCACCCUCGCUAUGUGCCAGGGCGGGAACGUGGCG